CAGGGGGCUGAGGCUAGAGCGGAGUGCAGGGAUCGUGGGCGCAGGAAGAUCCAGCAAGAGAAUCAUCUGAAGCGGCCAAGGGCGAGGAGCUGUUUAAGGCAGCCGAGAAAAGAGUCAAGAGGAAGCUUAGCGACCAAUAGAGCUUGUAGAAUAUUUAGACCCGUGGAUCCUGGGUUCUGGGCGCCACCCCCAUAUAUAUAUUUUUAAUGAUCAAUUAUGUUGUGCUGUCUCUUGAAGCCCACCUAGAUACUCUUUCGACCGUGACGGAGAUGCGCUAGGAAGGCCGCUAUGAUAUAGGUACACCA